AUUCGCUGAUGCAUUAUGGGAUUCAAUCGGGGAAGGUGACCGCCAUAACUGUUUACACCUAAGUUCCAUCAGUCCCCAUGAAAACAUUUCAAUACAUGAAAAUUAAAAAAAAAAAGGUGGGAGACGUUUAAAAAUCAAUUAAUAGCAAUAAUGCCACAUGUUAAUUGUUGUAUCCCUUUCUGUUCUGCCGACUCUAAAAGACAUGCAAGAAUUCGUUUCUAUAGUCUCCCUAAGGAAGAAACCCGUCGUGCUACUUGGGUUGCACUCAUAAGAAACAGUAACUUACGUAUCGAUUCUAAGUACACAAGUGUUUGUAGUCUACAUUUUCCCAAUGGCAAAAAAACCCACGACAAAAAAGACCCUUCUUUUUUUCCUUGGUCACAGGAAUGGCCUGUAAUUAUCAACAAUUACAACAUGAUGCGAACCCAGUUGGGACUGGAUAACAUGUCGCCAGAACAACAACGUAAGAACCGGCCGAUGACGCUAAGAAUUCCUCCCAUUUGUCCCUGGGCUAAUAAAUAUAUUAAUGUGACAUCGCAAAAAAGUUUGAAUGAGUUGUUUUCUCCGAAGAUUUUGCAAUGUGACAUCGACUUCGAAGAUAUCACUAAGGUCUCGACUAAUCGGGAUUUUCUCAAUCAAAUCGAAGUUGAUUGUCAGGUAAUCAAACAAGAACCACUCUCUGAAAGAAAUCUUCCAUUAUUUGGGACUAAAACUGAUAUAUCAUCGAAUUUAAUUGAUAAAUUACCCUCAGAUGUUAAUGACAACUCUGGCCAGCUAAUCAUUCCUGCAGAUUUGCAAUCUCACAUUAACUCUGAGAAUUUAACCACUCACUUUAAUCUACCUGAUAUUACAAAUUAUUUUAGUCAAACUUCUUCAUUAAAUGAUUGCAUCCUAGCACAACCCACUGUUUACAACCAAUCUACCAUGCUUAAUAAUGCACAGAUUCCAAGAAUACAGUCUAGGCUUUCACACAUGACUGUAGAUGCCCAACAAAAUAUGGAACUUCAAAACCAAAUACAAAGACAGAACAAAAGAUCCUUAUAUGGGUAAGUUAACUCUUCUAGCUCUUAGUUUAUGUUCUUUCAAAGUAGAAGAAAGGCUUUGGAAAAAUACUCAACUCAAACUUUCAUCAAAUUCUAAUAAAGACUUGUCAGUUGGCUGUAUGUCUAUCCUGUUGACAUCUAAGAGCCUCCUUUCGAACACUUUUUGAAGUGGUGGAUGAAUAACAUAGGGGAUAUUUUUCAAGUCUGGAUUCAUUAAUACAGAAAACUUUCAUGAUUACAGAUCUCCUUGGACUGGGGCUCGUUUUAAUCAAGGAGUCUACUGCAUAUUGACUUUAUCAACUAUUUUACAUUGUUAUCACCUUAUUAAUGGACAUAAAACAUAUCAGUGAAAUCUGGAUUGAAAUCUAGAAUUGAAACCACUGCUUCUACUGUGAAGUUUGCUGUCUUACUGACUAGCUUGUACAACUGCCAUUUAAGAGUUUCUAAACUGGAAAUUAUUUUAUACACUAUAAG